ACCCCGCUCAGUUAUUUAUUAGCAUAGUACGCUCCCUCACCAACUCAGAAUUCGUCAAGACCUUGCCACAGAUAGACGUUAACCUCGGUUUAUACAUGAGAUAAAGGAUAUUCAAAACACAUCUGUUGGGCCGUUGUCAUGUAAAUGAUUUGGACAGCUUCUGUGUAAUGUGAAAGAAUACUUAGGUCUUCUCUUCAAACUCCCCCAAUUAAUAGCCCACUUACCUGCAUAAUAUAAAAUGAGAUCAGAGGAAACAUCAGGCACAGUCCUGCACAGACUGAUUCAAGAACAACUUCGCUAUGGAAACCCCACAGACACUCGCACCCUCCUGGCCAUCCAACAGCAGGCUCUGCGGAGGGGAGGAGACAGUGGAGGUGGAGGUGCUGGCAGUUCUCAGUCCUCCUCUGAGAGCCUCUCCCAGGACGAUCCACAAUAUCCCCAGCUCUCUGCCCGUCAGGAGCCCCAGGGCCAGGAGCACAAGGCGGACUACCAGCAUUCAGAGGGCUACUGGCUGUACCCUCACCCCCAUCAUGAGCAGCUACCCACCUAUGAGCAGGCCAGAGCACAGUCGCAGUACUUGACCUCUCAGUGGUUCCAGGGUAGGCAUUCUAGCAAGGCCUGCUCUCUGGAGGAGAACCUGAGUGGCCCACCGAUCCAUAACCAUUUGAGCUGGGAUGGGGACAUUGGCCACUCUAGGUCACUAAGUGAGCGGCUAAUGCAGCUCUCACUGCAGCACAAAACGAGCAGCGCCGUCCCAGUAGAAUCGCCACCUGCCACCUGCUCCUGGAGCUACCGGCAGAUGAGCAAUUGCCACGCUAUCCCACACAUGUCACAAACCAAUCUGGAGUCCAAGAAUGAACACAGCCGCCGGCCCCAGGAGACUACGCUCCACCGUGCUCCGGAGUAUGAGCAUUUCCACAGCACGCCUCCACCGCCCUUCCACUCCCCACACCACAGGCUCGUUCCACUUGUGCCAUCACCAGAAGCCCACCAUGUGCUCUCUACUGCGCCCCCUGCUGGUAUGGAGGUCUUAACAAUUAGCUACAACCAGAUGGAACUGCUAAUGAAGGAGAAUGAAAGACUGAGGCAGGAGUUAGAGGGCCAUGAAGAGAAGGCCAUUAGGAUUCAAAAGCUGGAGCAGGAGAUCCAGAGGAUCUCAGAGGCCUAUGACACUCUGAGGGAGAGCUGUGUGAAGAGGGAGGCCUUGGAACAAGCCCUCCGGAACAAGCUGAUGGCAGAGGUGAGGAGGCUCCAGGAGCUCAACGCAGAUCUGAGAGACAACGGCAUUCAGGCAGCAAAAGAUGAGGAACGUGCUGACCAGAACCAGCACAUCAUGGCCAAGCUCUGUGAGCAGAACCAGGAGCAGCAGUUGCGAUGUGAACAACUAGAGAAGGAGGCACAACUCCUGCAUGGAGAAGUGGAGGUGCAGCUCCGGCGGGCCGAUGCCCUGCAGACAGCGCUGAGCUCUGCGCAGUCUGGCACCCGGCAGCUGCAGGCUGAGCUGCAGAGGAAGAACGCAUACGUGGAGCGGGUGGAGCGCCUGCAGGGUGUGCUGGCUCAGCUGCAGGCCACUUGCAAGAAGAGAGAGGGACUCGAGCAGCGUCUUCGAACCCGGCUGGAGCAGGAGCUGCGCAGUCUUCGAAACCAGCAGCGACAGGCCCAGGCAUAUCCAGCCAGUGGCCCUGCAUCCUCAGUGACUGCCCUGCUGGAGCGUCUGAGGGAACGAGAGGAAAGGAUUUUGGCCCUGGAGGCUGACAUGAUGCGCUGGGAGCAGAAAUACCUGGAGGAGAGCACCAUGAGGGAAUUUGCAAUGGAUGUAGCUGCCACUGCUGCUGCUCAGAGAGACACCAACAUGAUCAACCACUCACCCGGUCAUUCAUCCAAGAACAGUUUCAGUGAUGAUCUGCCCCAUGCUGAGCUCAGGAACCAGGAAGUGGAGAACAGGAUACAUGCUCUGUAUGGACAGAUCCAGGAAAAGGAUGCUCUGAUUAGCUAUCUUCAGCAGCGACUCCAGCAGGAUCAAGAAAAGAGUGAGGUGGUAGAGGUUGUGUCAGCUCUCAGCCCCACCCCCUCUGCUGGCACAAGCCCCACCCAAGAUAAAGAAUCUAUCCAGCAGCAGUGCCCUGAGGCUGUGGGCCCUUUCAAAGGUCUGGACACCCUGGAAGCUGAGGCAGUGGAAAUCUUCAUAUGAGCUCAGAUGCAUGGCUUCUGUUCUACAAGAGAUAUACUACAAAAGGAGCUCUGGAAGGCAACACAUAAGUACUGUCAGACUUCUGCUCAUGAUCAUGAACUCAUAGAGACAAUGGUCACACAAAACAACAGCUUGCCACUCCAGAGAGGGCAGGAAUGCAGUCGUUCUGGAUGACAGCUAUUUGGAGGAUCCAAAGCUAUGCUAUGGACAGCUCUCUAAAUGAAUGUAAUGCUCAAGCAGGUCUUUGGGUCCUGAAAGAGUGAAGUUCUGUGAAUGUGAAUACUUCAGGGUACUUUUGCAGUAUUGCAGUUCUACGAUUUAGGGCAGGUGCUGCGGACCGAGUGCAGGUCUGCACAGCCACUGAAAUCCUCGGUCUCAAGUCAUUAAUUUGGCAUCUUGUCACAUGUCAAAACAUCUGUUGCACAGGAAGACGCAUAUGAAUGCAUCAUGUAUUUAAUAGGACCAUCCAGAUCUGUUCCACUCCCUCACUCCUUUUAUCCCUUUGUUGAGAAGAAUCUCUUUUCUAAGAAUCUCCUUCUCUUUCCUUUUGGGGUUAUGAGCCAUUUUUCUUUUUCUUACCAUGGCAUUGUUGAUCUCACCACAUUGCUAUUCUAUUGAAUUUCUCCCAGAGGUGGAGAGAGUUGUGGAGUUUUAUAGCUCCACCUUUAGUGCAUAUUAUAAAUGGCAAGCAUUCUUACUUCUUUCUUUCUCCUUUAAGCACCAUUGAAAAUUGGACAAACAGACAAAGACAUUCUCUUACAUUCUUUUUGUAGAGCACAAGAGGCCCCACUAUUGUCUAAAGGAAUGCCAUGUUUAGCGUGCCUGGAUUCAUACAGUAGAUGACGGACUAUUGGAAUGAGACGUAGCACUUGAGGAGAAAGUGAAAUCUAUGUGCCAGUUGUGUAGACCCAGAUUAAAUUCAAAAGAAUUUCCAAAGGUGAUUUACCACUACAACAGCAAUUUAGUCUAAGACUAGGUUUAAUGUAUGUCUUUAAUGUAUAUAUUAUAAUGCAUUUGUCUUUCUUUCUUUUGUCCUUAAAUUUAUCUCGUAGUGUAUCUGCUGGUCAGUGUGCUGUUGGGAGACUUUUUAAAGCUAUGUAAUCUAUUUCUGUAUUUUUAUUUUUUAAAGUUACCAUGUUUUGAAAUAAAGCCUUAAUAUAUUUGGUAAGAAAUAAAGCCCUUAUAAGAAUGGAAUAUACAGCCAAUGACUUAAUGCCAAAGACUUUAGCAUUUCAGUAAAGACAACUCCAAACUAUGGCUUUGCGUAUUAAACCAAAGGUUGACCUCUGAUGUGUGAAAGAUGUGAACGUUCUGGAACAUUUCACAAAUAUGUUAAAAAAAUAAA